GAAGGCGCUUGGGCCCCUGUGGCAUUAGGGACUAUGGCGAAGAUCAGGGUGGCUUACGAGUACACGGAAGCGGAGGACAAAAGCAUCCGGCUAGGCUUGUUCCUCAUCAUCUCGGGCAUCGUAUCGCUGUUCAUCUUUGGCUUCUGCUGGCUGAGUCCGGCUCUGCAGGACCUGCAAGCCAAGGCGGCCAACUGUACCGUGCUGUCAGUGCAGCAGAUCGCUGAGGUGUUCGAGUGCACUUUCACCUGUGGCGCAGACUGCCGUGGCACCUCGCAGUACCCCUGUGUCCAGGUCUAUGUCAACAACUCCGAGUCCCACUCCCGGGCGCUGCUGCACCGCGACGAGCACCAGCUAUUAACCAACCCCAAGUGCUCAUAUAUUCCUCCUUGUGAAAGAGAAAAUCAGAAGAAUUUGGAAAGUGUCCUGACUUGGCAACAGUACUGGGAAGAUGAAAUUGGUUCUCAGCCAUUCACUUGCUAUUUUAAUCAGUAUCAGAGACCUGAUGAUGUGCUUCUGAAGCGUACCCAUGAUGAGAUCGUCCUAUUGCACUGCUUUCUUUGGCCUCUGGUGACCUUCCUGGUGGGAGUGCUUAUCGUGAUGCUGACCAUCUGUGCCAAGAGCCUGGCUGUCAGAGCAGAGGCUAUGAAAAAGCGGAAGUUCUCCUAAAGGGAAAUGGCAUCAGAGAAAGGAUCCAAAGAUCAAAAGGAGAUGAGAGGAAAUGUAUCAUACUUUACUCCCUUUCUCAUCAUCUUCUCAGCCCCCACAAAACCCAUUUUCAGCAUCUUGGGAAAUGUAUGUGUGGCCACUGUUCUCACAAAGAUUCCUACAAGAAAGUUCCACAAAUUAUCUCUGGAAGUUAUCCUUAAAGGCAAGAGGAAUGAGCAACCAAAAGGCUCAGAAUUGCACAUGUUGUAUUAGACAUUUCUGAGUCAUGGCUAACAUAAUAAGCUCCUACCUAUAUGAAAUGACCAUUUCAGAAAAUCCUGUAGAUUUAAUUUCAUUUGAAAAAAAAAUCCUACCAUUUGGUAUGAUGUAGAAUACAAACCAUGAUGACUAAUGCUAUUUAAAUAUUAAAGCAGAGUGGUCUUUUUCUUUUUUAAUGUCUGCUUUGUAUCCUGAAUACAGAGUACUGAGAGGUAAGGCUCUUUUAUAUUUCAUUUAAUUCUUGUGGGUAAAAGUUUCACUUUUCUGUGAAGAUUUCUGCACAAAACUGGACCUAAGUAUACUAACUUCCAUUACUGUAGUAAAUAUCAGUCUGGAGUAACCCACUCCAUUAAAAGUAGUCCCUAAUUCUUGGUUGCAAGAGUAAUACAUUUCUACUAACAUCAAUUUUUUGUGAUACUUAAGCAAGAUGAGUUCUUGGAUUAGGAAGAAUUAUCCUAAAACUGAAUUCCCUCUAGCUAAAUAUUUAUUCUUAGUAGAAAUCUUAUUAAAGAUUACCAGAAAUGGUGGUGUGUAUGUCUGUGUGUGGGUGUAUAUGUAAGUGGGGAGAGAUUCUUCCUUCUUUUGGCUUAUAUGCUCAUACUCAAGAUACUUGCAAGGCAUACAUCAGUAUCUUGAAAUUGACCUUCCACCCUUUUUUGGAUGCUUACUGUUCACAGUGUGAUGGAAUAAAGUUUUAAUUGAAGAAGGAAAGAACAUUUGAAUGAAUGAUCAUUAAUCCCAACUAUCCUUAAAGUCAUUUACUUGAUCUAGAAUUAAUGUGGAUUGACUAGGGCUGUGCUCCCAAGCAACAAGAUGCUGAGAGCAAUUAUGCUCUUUUAGUAGAAAUAAUUAAAUUUAGAGUCUAGUUAGUGAAAAUAAUUUGUCUG